GAACGGGCUCCGGCUGCCCCUGGCUGGGCUAGCGCCGCCCCGGGUCCUCAUGUGUAGCGCCUCGAUGGGCGCCGAGGGUUCCGUCACACUGCAACUGCGCGAGGCCGUCCAGGCGCCGGACGCCGGCACAUCCCUCGAGCAUGGUGGCCUCACCAUCGGCUACCCGGACCCGGAGAUGCUGGCCGAUAUGCUCGGGUCGUUUCAGAGUGCCUCGGCGGGUGCGGCCGGGCUGGGCGGCUCGGAACCAUCGUCGGCAUUUGAUCUCAUCCAGGACAGCAGCAGUAGCAACUGUAGCAACAGCCGCCAGUCCGGGCUGGACCCGGCAGUCGAUCAGCAACAACAGCAGCAGCAGCAGCACUGUCUGGCCAGUGCUUUGCUGGCGAAGGCAUCCGCGGCCGCAUCGGCAUCACCCACCGGAAGUAGUAGCAGUAGUAGUAGUGGCGGAGGAGGAAGUAGUAACAAUGUUGGCGGCGGUAGCAGCUUGACGCUCAGUGGAAUUAAAAGUGAGAUUG